AUGAUACAAGCAAUUUUUUUGCUACUAACAGAACGUGAUUACUUACAUGUACUUGUCACUAUAAUAGAAACUGAUAUUCCAGAAACUGGACACGUUCUCUCUACAUUUGCUGAAGCCCGUUUACCUGUCACUAUAAUAGAAACUGACAUUCCAAAAACUGAACGCGUUUUUCCUGCAUUUGCUGAAGUCCGUUUACCUGUCACUAUAAUGGAAACUGACAUUCCAGAAACUGAACAUGUUUUUUCUGCGUUUGCUGAAACCCGCUUACCUGUCACUAUAAUGGAAACUGACAUUCCAGAAAUUGGACGCGUUUUCCUUAUGUUUGCUGAAAUCCACACAGUUAUUAAAAGAUAUGCUGCAAAAACUAAUGCUGUUUUAAUUUUAGGAAAGACAUCCAAAAAUCCUGAUGGUAGUGACUAUAGGCAGGCGUUCUUUGUCUGUGAAAAACAAGAGAAGUAUGGUGAAAAAAAUGAGAAACAUAUCAUCAAGCGAACUGGGUGUCCUUUUUCUGUAGGAGUAAAUUAUUGCAAAAAAGCCCAAGAAUUCGUAAUAACAAAGUCAUAUUUAGAGCAUAAUCAUGAUCUUUGUCUAAAUGUCACGAAAUUCAGCACUGUCAUGCACAAAUUUGAUCAAAAUGAUCUUGGUCUAAUCGAAAAGCUUCACAAUAAUGAUCUUCAGACUAAGAAUAUAUUUUCAGUGCUAAAUUCUGUUAGCUCGAAGUAUAUUCACAAGCCUGAUGUCUAUAAUGCUAUACUGUUUAAAACUUUACAAAAUGAUAAAAAUAUUGUAGACAAUAUAGCGACAAAAACUGCACAUAAUGACGAACGUGAUCAAGAUGGGACAUUCAUUCAAGCAAUCUUCUGGGCAUAUCAUAGUGCAAUUUCUGACAUUGAUCAUUUCGGAUCAACAUAUCCACUAGCCUUUACACUUGUUUACUUGGAGACCUAUGAUUUUUAUUAUUGGGUAAUGCAACAAUUAAGUCAAGUGUUUAUUAAAUUAAUAGGUGAUGCACAGCAUAAAGAAAGUUGGCUUGCACCAUAUACGAAUGGUAAUAUAAAUCUUGACAUAAAGUCAAGUCAGCAUGUUGAAAGUCUUCAUAGUAAGUUAAAGGGUGUUGAAAAUCGUAUUAUUCCAGUCGACAGAAUGCUAUCGAUCCUUUGGCGACAACUACAAGAGCACUCCCAAAAACUUGCGUAUGAAACAUUUUUGCAUCAAAAUAGAAAUACACAGGAUAGUACAGAUGUGAGUCUGGAAGAACUACAUUUAAUAUGCUCACAAUUUGCAUUCGAAUCAUUUGUGAAGCAACAGGGUGAUCUUGCAAAGUCAGCUAAGUAUGAGGUGCUUGAAUAUGAAGAGAGUAUAUACAACAUAACACAAAUUAGCAAUCAGAAAAAAUCAACGUAUGUGUAUUUGCGUAUCCAUGUGUCACCAAAUGAGAUUCAUGAGCGUUGGUAUGUACAACAUGUCAUAGAAGCAGAGCAUAUCACAAAUCAGGUCCCUUUACUUGUCACACAGAUUUUCAGGCAGUUACCAAAAUGUCAUCAUGAUAACUUCUUAGAUUUGAUGAAACAUACUUCAGAAUAUGUUCUUGAGACUGGUAAAGUGUCGAAACUGUUACAAAGUGAGUCAAAUAUUGCGCAGCAAAAGGUUUUGAAAAUGAUUAGCAUUGAUAAUACAACAAAUAGUGACAAUAUUAAGAUGCCCAAAGGAAAAUGUACAUGUGGUCACCCUUCUAAUAACAGACGUAUCCAUGAUAAUGAUAUGAUGCUGCACUUGGCUGGCAUAAAGCCUGAUCCACGUAUUUCUCAAAAUUUGAUAUUGCAGACAUAUAAUUCAAUUGGGGAUGAUUUUCAUAACAAUGUGCUUGGAUAUGACAUUAAUCGAUUAAUGGCUAUUUUGUUGUAUAUGGUAUCUGAAUAUCCACAGGAAUAUUGA